GAGCAAUAUUGUAUAAUGGGCGAAAAAGUAGAACUAACACAUAACUGGAGUGCGGACCACUGGGACUGGCCGCUACAACAUAACGAUGACGUGGUUCGAGUAAACAACACCAAAGAUAAGUUCGAAGUGGCCUUGGAUGCGUCAUUCUUCACACCCAAGGAAAUUGAGGCCAGUAUUUCGUGCUGUUGCAAUUAG